GAGAUAACUUUUCAUCACUCUUUUCUCUCUCUUGGUUUCUCUGUUGUGUGCUACUCUCCUCUCAGUGUUAGCAAUGGCUACAACACUAACCAUAGUUAUGCUCUUCCUAGUUGCAAUGCUGCUUCUUCCAUUAAAAAACCAUGCUGAGAUUAUUGAUGCUGCUACCACAGAGGCUCCAGCUCCGCAGCCUAACACUAACAUAAGCACUUCUAACCACUUCCCCAUUAAUCAUGGCAUAACUGAAGGCAGUCUUAAACCAACAGAAUGUGGGCCACGUUGCACAACAAGGUGUUCAAAGACACAAUACAAGAAGCCAUGUUUGUUCUUCUGCCAAAAGUGUUGUGCAAAGUGCUUAUGUGUGCCUCCUGGUACUUAUGGCAACAAGCAAGUUUGCCCUUGCUACAACAAUUGGAAGACCAAAAGGGGUGGACCAAAAUGCCCUUAAUUACAAACUUCAUAUUUCAAUUUACUUUCUCUAAUUCCCUAUCAUCAUCAUAAUCAUGUCUUACUUAUUUAAUUAGUUGCUUAAUAUUAUUGUUACUAUCAUUGUUCCAUGUAUAAUUCAGUAUAAGCUAAGCAUCAUAUGUAAUUGUAAUGUAAC